ACUGUCGUGUUUUGAUGACGCCAUCACUGGGACUUUCCGGAUACGUCACUCGGGGCUUCCGAGUUACUAAGCUAGCUCUACCUCUGUGUUCAUGUCGUUAGGCACUGUAAACGUCGCUUCAUUUCUCUGGAGUACACAACAAAAGAGACCAUGAAAACACCAAUGGCUCCCCACAGCGCUAAAAGGUUUGAAUAUUGAGACGUCGUUGUCAGGACCGACGGCCAGACUGAGAAGCGGAAUGUCAACAACGCGGCCCCUCCUCGGAAUGAGACGAGUCACCGAGCUAACGUACCCGGAGCAACCGACAAGCAGGCUCCCUGCGUCAGCCGGAAGGCAGCAGCUAGAGACCCUCACUGUGGACGAGUUUACAGUGCUAGAGGAUAAAGAAGAGGAGCUGAAAUGUGCCAAGCCUCGAGUGGAGCAGGUUUUUAAAGUAACAUUCACCAUUAUCGGUCUGUUGGACCACACGGGACAGUCGCACGGUAGCAAAACAUCACGGCAGAUAUGGCUGCAGCUUAGAGGGAAGAGAGAAGACGUGUCAAAGGCAAAGGAAUAUGUUCGAGGGCUUUGCGACCCCGAACUACAGAAAGAAGAGCGCUACCCAGUGGACAUGCAUUGCAUUUUUGCUGGUGCUCGGGGCCUCUUCCUGGACAGGCUCGUACGGGACACAAGUGCUGAAGUUCUGGUGCCUGAGCCAGGCCGCCUGCGGUUGUUGGGCCGGGCCGAACCCGUAGUGAUGGCCCAGAGCAGAGUUCAACAGUUUGUUGCACUGUUCCAGGAGAAGCGAAGUCUACCAAGUGACCGAGAGCCUGCAGUGAAACGAGCAUUCAAGUCCUUUGUGGAGGAAAGGGAUGAUAAGUACACUAUGGAGCUUCUUCUGCUGCCCAGUGCCCUGAAGGAAGAGUUACUGGGACUGGCUCAUAGCCCCACUACCACAAACACAUCCUCCCUGAUCAACCAAACUCCGCAUCCCAGCGUAGCAGAGGUCGACCAGGACCGCUCACAGAGUAGCACCCCUGUUACUGAGCUUUCCAACCGCAUCCUGGACACCAGCUUUGAGGAGAAAGGGACCGGAGCAGCAUCUGUCAUUGGAGGAGGAAAAGCAGGAGGAGGGAUUGCCCUUGGUCCGGAGGCUGUUCUUCUCAACGGUACUCGGCCGUCACACAAGCGACGCUCGUCCGAGAGCGAGACUCGGGACACAAAGAGACAGUACUCUCUGGAGCGGAGGGACGAGUCGCCAGAGAGAGCGAGAGAGAGGGAGCGACAGAGGGACAGAGAAGGCCGAGGGGGCAGCAGCAGCUGUAGAUCUAAAACCCCCUCUGCUUCGUCAUCCUUCUCCUCUUCAGCAAAAGCGAACACAGUAGUUGGUCCAAUCAUGUUGGACUCCAGUGAAGAUGAUGGGGAGGCAGUCAGUCCAGAAACCAACCUCCGCUGCUUGGUCAAUUUCUUCAGAACCAUGGGUUACCAGCAGGAAGUGGUGGAGCGCGUUGUUAAAGAGACGGGACAGACAGAGGAUACCUUCCUUGUUCUGGAGAAAAUUGUUGAGGAAACCAAGCGUUGUGAAGAGGGGUCAAAAGGAGGUGAAAAAGACAGACGAUUGAACUCUGUGCGCUCCCCAGACACUCCCUCAUCAUCAUCGUCGUCGUCCUCCUCCUCUACAUCAUCUCGACUCAGAGAGAAGGAGCUGAGCAGAGCUUUGGGGGACAUGGGCAGGUCUAAAGAGAACAUUAAGCCCAACCUGCAUGGAGGCAGUAGUAACGGUCUGGGACACCGGAGGCAGUGCAGCGGCAGCGAGACCAGCACUCAGCAGGCCAUCACUAUCAAGAGGAGCUCUAGUGCUCAAGGAGGAGCGGGGAACUACGAGGUUAUUACCAUCGAUGACAACGAUGAUGUCAUCCCUACAAAUACCAAAACAUCAGAUAGUAGAAUGUCCCGGAUGAUGACAGUGGCACACCUGGACACCCAGUCAGGAUCCAGAACAGACUACUUGGCACGGGGAGGGGGUUCCGCCUCUCAGAGGGACUACCUGUCAAGGGGUGGGACUCAGACUCUGGGAGGAUUAGUGAAAGUUGAGAGUGUGACGGCAUUACGUAGCACGCCUCAGUGGCUGACUGCCACCACCACCUCCUUAGCUUCAACCCCCAGUUCGGCUCAGCCCAUCACCCGGCCCUCCGCCUCUCCCUAUCAGACCAUAGGCCACAUGGGGUUUCAUGGGAUCGGAGCAAGGACUCCUCCUGCAAAUGACCCCCCGCCGCCCCCGGUGACUGGUUUGGCUCGUUUCCAUCAGUCACUGAGGACUCCCUACACCCUGAAGCUGCCAAAUGAGCCAGGACGUCAGGAGCUCAGACACAUCAUCAUAGAUGGCAGCAAUGUGGCUAUGGCUCACGGCCUUCAUCGGUUCUUCUCCUGCCGAGGAAUAGCACUGGCCGUGGAGACGUUUUGGAGACGGGGCCACAGGGAGAUCACAGUAUUUGUCCCUCAGUGGCGUCAGAAGAGAGACCGACUCACAACAGAGCAACAUUUUCUAAACCAGCUAGAAGACCUGAGGCUGCUCUCCUUCACUCCAUCCAGAGAGGUCUGUGGCCAGAGGAUAUGCUCACAUGACGACAGGUUCCUGCUCCAUUUAGCAGAAAAAACAGAUGGCAUCAUUGUAACUAAUGACAACCUGAGGGACUUUGUGGACGCCUCGGACACCUGGCGCAAGAUCAUUCAAGAAAGAUUGCUUCAGUUUACUUUUGUGGAGGACCACUUCAUGAUCCCUGAUGACCCUCUGGGGAGAGACGGGCCUCACCUUGAUGCGUUCCUGUGUAAAGACAACAAGAGGGCUUCAGUCACCCCUCCCCCUCUAAGACCCCCAGACUUCCGGCAAUCCUCCCAGCAGCAGCAGCAACCGGUUUACGUCCAGGCCCUCCACUCCACUCCUCAGACCCCGACCUCCACGCCCUGGGCCCCUCCCACCCUGAUGCCCCACAACACUGCACACUGGCCCCACUCUGGUCCUCCUGAAUGGCACCCACCCCGUCGUUCCCCGUCCCCCUCGCCCUCGCCUCCUCCCCAGCGGUCACCAGGAGAGACAUCAGAGCUGAAACGAAAGCUGUACGACAUCUUCCCUGACCAGAAGCAACGCAUCGACCGCAUCCUCAACGACAACCCGUACAUGAGAGACCUGAACGCCCUGUCUGGACUGCUGCUGGGAUAAUUAACUGGCACAGCAAUGAGAAUCAGCAGACACACACAGUACAUGCACACACACACACACGCGCGCAAGAAUAUAUUCAUCAGCAUAAAAAUAAUUUAUUUCAUUAUCUUCCACCAUGGAGGACAUGGAAAGUUAGUGUUAAAUAUUAUUUUUACAAGACUGAUUAUCCAACAGGCUGCUAUUGGCAAAAAGUAUUUUUAAUAAUAUGUUUCUGUUUCCAUCCUCUUUUGCUCUCAAAAGAAAAAACGCUGGUGUCAGCAGAAGCAAAGUGUUAACAAAUUGCCGUAUUCCUCAAAAUCUGUGAUUGUUCAGAUGGUAAGAAGUCAGUGCAGAUCUUUGACAAACAUUCAAAGGUUCCUUAAAUGUGGGACCAGCGCUGGGAGAAAACAUUUUGGACCAAGAAUAGUGAACUGGUUCCAGCCCAGCACAUCGUGGGGCUCUCCUCUAGUAGCUUUGUUUAGCAUCACACUCAAACACCUCUUUGAGCAUACAAGCCUUCCACACAGGUUUUGUUUGCUUUUGACAAGAUACAUUAGCUGUACACUUGUGUACUGGAACCGAUAGAUUUUUUUAUUUCCUCUUGUGUGGGUGUGUGUCGAGGUGGGGGGGUGGUCUUCUGGCUUAAACAUCUAUCUGUUUAAUUGGAAUCAUGAUCCAGAUCUAAAUUGGGAUCAUUUUUCUGCAUUUGCACUAUUAAACAAAAGAAUUUAAAGAUUUAGCGUUUUAUUAAUCACAAUACAUCACACAAGGAAGAACCACAUGAGGUAAAGUACUUCAUCCAAUUAGCACAGCCACUAGUUGCCUACAUCACUCUACUGGAAUGAGCUUUAGGAUCCUAAAAUAACUAUUACUGACUGAAAUCCCAAAAAGCCAAGUUUAGAUAGAAGAAACAACUUAAAUUUCAGUUUUGCAGGUAAACACCUCAAAGAAGCUUUGGGGUGUGUAAGAACAAUACUAUGAGGAUGUAUAAAUGGGCUGUCAAUCACUUUUCUCAUGAUGUAUACUAUAUACAGCAGUCAGUAGUUCCACGACAAGUGCCAUUGCCAAUGUCUAUUCCUUCAAAGUGUUACCAGAUGUUAAAUGAAUCCAGAUGAUGCUUUUGUACAAAUUCUUCUGAGAAAUCUAAAACAAUAACAACCAUUUUUAAAGGGUUUUUUCAAAGGACCAUUGAUUGUUCAUAUUGAAUAAUUCAUUACUUUAGAAUAUCUAUAUAUAAGGAAAUUCUCAUGACUUGGAAUAUGAUUCCCCCCCCCCCCCCCCCCCACACACACACACACACACACACACACACUCGUGACACAUAUUCUUUUGUAGCUCUGUGUUGCUUGCUUGCUGAUCUAUGAGAAGCUGUGGAUGAGGUCAGGUGCCGAAGGUCAAUCUGCUGCUCUGAGAGUCUGGGGCAAGAAAUUGAAUUUUGGCUGAAUCUGUUCCCAGCUGUUCCAGUUAGAUACACUGUGAACCAUUGCUUUCAGGAGGAUGCAGUCACUACUUGUACAUGAGCAUUUUGUACUGUCGUGAGAUGUCUGCCUCGGCCUUUAGGCAAUACUUUUAUCAGUCCAUCUGACUUUCUAUAGAAACACUACAAGAGCUUAGAUUUAUCCUUUCUUGAGUUAAAUGGCCCACUUAUGUUUUAAGCACCACGUUUGCUCAACAAACAUGCUAAGUUCCAUUUGUAAUUAAUGUUUAUAUAUUUAAUGCACUGAAGGUAAAUAAUGGUGUAGUGAGUAAAACAAGGUUUCUUUGGUUUUCUUACCCUCUACACCUAGAGAAUUGGGGCCGCAGCCUGCAUAUUUGAUGUGCAUCUGAGUUUUGUAAUAUACAGACACUUUCUUUCCUUGUAAUAAAAGAAUAUCUGCACAAAAACUUUACAAGGUGUCAAAAAAAUAAGUUUUGUUCAUAUUUGCUCUGUUGUUGUAAGGAUUACUGAAGGAUUUUUUUCUCUUGCGUUGUAUUAUAAUUCUUUUGUGUAUAUUGAUUUCUGUUAUGUAUAUACAAGCAUUUUGGCUACGGUGCACAUAUGGUUUUAUGUAUGUGGAAAAAUUAAAUAAAUGCGGCAGUCCCCAUAAAACUUUUU